CGAGAGCUCAACCCGUUCUCCUUCGUCAUUGUAAAGAUAUAUGGGGAUCCAUCUGCAGCAUCUCUUCUGGCGGCGUUCAUCCUCAUCAUUGUCAACCACUUCUUCCCGGUCACUCAGUGGAGAGGCGGGUCGUACUACAGGGGUGAAGAAUUCCCCAGAUGUAUCAGAAUCACCUCCAGCCAUGAAGGGGUCAUCCUCCAUAUCUAUUUCAAUAUAUGUUUAAGUAAUCGAUCAGUUUCUCCAAUUAUCCACCAAUUAAUUCAUCAACAUAAAAAAUUGAAGUAAAAAUGAAAUUCUUAAAAAUUCAUCAACAUACCUCCUUCGCCGGCAGUGGUCAACCGACUGUGCUGAGUGUCCAUGGUCCGCAACAUGCUUCCCUGCGGCAGACUCAACAGCUCGGAGGAAAGGUGAAAAUUCGAGACGUACAGAAAUCCGAAUUUCACUCGCAUUGCCAAGGCUACGAUUCGAAGCGUGAUAGAUGUCUUCGUUUCAUAUGAGGACAUCCAUGACUGUGGAUGAAACGAGAGAGAAAUUGCGUGGUCCGUGCUCAUCGGCGAUAGAUGAGUCUCGAAGCCUCGAACUCCGUGAAGCACGCCAUUGUAGAAUAGAUCUGGCUGUUUCCUGAUCCCGAAUCACUGGGUAGUACUUGUUACAACUUUUAUGCAUAAGAGAAACCACAAUUGAAGUGAAAUCUCCCGCCUCUUAGCCCUAAUCAACUUCUUUUGAGGGGUUGCAGUUUGAGAAACACCGAAUACAUUGUUGGGGUGGUUGUUUUUACAGGCCAUUAAUCUUGUACGGAUGAUUAUUUUUUAGCUUGUGUGGGUGACUAUGAUGCAAUCACACGACAAUAUAUCUUAUUCAAGAAUAAUUGAUGUUUUGAACAAUAAGCAAUUGGCCAAUUCAGUCAUGAUGUGCAUAAUGGCCCAGGUUAUGAUGAAUGCAAUGAAAAUUCCGUCUAAAAGAAGCACUUUAGAGAAGAAGCUUGACAAACUUAUUCUCACUCUCUUUAGUGCUCUCUUUUGCACGUGUAUCUUGGGAGCCAUUGGAAGUGGGGUGUUCAUAGAUGACAAGUAUUUUUACUUGCGAUUUGAGACUGGCAAGAAUGCAGAUGUACAAUUCAACCCUAAUAAUCGAUUUGCGGUUGCUGCUUUGACUAUGUUCACCUUAAUUACUUUGUAUUCGCCGAUUAUUCCCAUCUCUUUAUAUGUUUCUGUCGAGGUAGAUCUCACACGCCUUUCUACUUUUUUAAAAACUCCCUGCACAGUUCUGGUUUAUUGAACACUACCUCCACUUUCUUUUCCGGAUGAUUAAGUUUAUUCAAUCCACUCAAUUCAUCAACAAUGACUUGUGCAUGUACCACCCUGAGAGUAACACCCCUGCACAAGCAAGGACUUCUAAUUUGAACGAGGAGCUUGGUCAGGAAUUCUUCAGAUGCCUUGCAAUAUGUUCAAGCAGCAUCACCUGAUGAGGCUGCUUUGGUUGUGGCAGCAAAGAAUUUUGGAUUCUUUUUUUGCAAGCGUACACCUACUAUGAUAUAUGUGCGCGAGUCUCAUGUUGAAAGGAUGGGAAACAUUCAAGAUGUUCCAUAUGAAAUCCUGAAUGUGCUUGAAUUUAAUAGUACGAGGAAACGUCAGUCUGUCGUAUGCCGAUACCCUGAUGGCAGGCUUGUAUUGUACUGUAAGGGUGCUGACACUGUAAUUUAUGAAAGGCUGGCCAGUGGAGAUAAUGAUUUGAAAAAAAGAACCAGGGAGCAUUUGGAGCACUUUGGAGCUGCUGGAUUACGCACACUUUGUUUAGCUUACAGAGUCUUAAAUCCGGAUGCAUAUGAAAAUUGGAAUGAUAAAUAUAUUCAAGCAAAAUCAUCUCUGCGAGACCGUGAAAAGAAAUUGGAUGAGAACUCAUUGAGAAGGAUUUAGUUUUGAUUGGUUGCACUGCUAUAGAAGAUAAGCUUCAGGAAGGAGUGCCUGCAUGCAUAGAGACACUUUCUAGGGCUGGAAUCAAAAUUUGGGUGCUUACUGGGGACAAAAUGGAAACUGCAAUAAAUAUUGCUUAUGCGUGCAAUUUGAUCAACAAUGACAUGAAGCAAUUUAUUAUCAGUUCAGAAACUAAUGCGAUCAGAGAAGUGGAAGAUAAAGUGAGUAUAUUUUU